UGGCACAUCACAAUGUUGUGAGUAAUCCAAUAUGGCCGCCUUUAAUCGAAACAGCUUCAGUUACAUGGUUUCAGGCCACUCCUGCUAUUAUAACUGCAUGGUGUGUCAUUUCUUUUGCCAAUACCUAAUAAUAAACCAGAUCACUAUGGCCUUCUCAUCAUUGGUGCUUCCAAAGAUAUUAUCGACAACACAGUACCGGUCUUUCAGUGUUUCUACAGUUGUGGCAGCUCUUCAGAAGUUGACAAGAGUACGGGUGGUCGACAACAGCAGUCUUGGAAAUACCCCCUAUCACCGUCCUCCUAGAGUCAUUCAUGUAUACACCAAAAAUGGAGUAGGCAAAGUCGGUGAUACUGUCCUGUUGGCCAUUAAAGGACAGAAAAAGAAAGCACUGAUUGUGGGUCACAAGAUGCCUGGACCAAGAAUGUCACCUAGGUUUGAUUCAAACAAUGUUGUUUUGAUCGAAGAAAACGGGAAUCCAACAGGAACAAGGAUUAAAGCUCCCAUACCUACACAUUUACGCAGACUGGAGGGUGAUUACUCCAAAUUAUUGGCUAUUGCACAACGCUUUGUGUAGGUAGUUUUAAUGAACUGUAAAUCACCACAGGACUGCUAUUGCUGACAUGACAUCUUAUUAAAAAUGAGAAAUAUAUAAAUAUCUUCAAAACUUGGCAAAACAUUUUGAACAGUUAAAAAAUGUAAUAAAAGAGUUAAAUUGUC